AUGUUCGUCAUACUCCUUGCUGUCGUCGGCUUGACCCUUUCAGCUUCCUUCGACAGCCAAUCCGGCGGCUUUGGACAGGCUCAGGGCAACGGCUUCGGGCAGCCGGUGAAUGGAAACAACGAUGCUGGCUUCAACAACAACAACAAUAAUCCGUCACCGAUCAACCAGAAUGGUGGAUUCAACGGCGGAAUGAAUGGCGAUGGGUCUCAGCCACUCCCCAUCAACCAAAACAACGGCUUUGGCGACCAGCAGAAUCAGGGUGGCUUCAAUGGCAACAAUAAUGGCGGCUUUAACGGAGGAGAUUUUAAUGGACAAAACAACGGCUUCAACAACGGCAGUGAGCAAGCCGAUUGGGAGGCCAAAUUGGAGCAGCUGAAGUCUCAGCUCGAAUCUCUUCGCAACGGCUUUGUCAACUUUUGGAAUCAACUGAUCCAGCAGCAG